AUGAGUGGACCCAUCUUCUUUGGCGCGUGUCUUGCGGCUGCCGGCUUCGGCGGUCGAAUGCUGCUCCGUGCUGCAAAGGAUAUGAAGCCUUUGAUGGAACAGAUGCCCAAAAUCGGCAGCUUCAAGCUUCCGAAAUUUGAGAUGAACACAUACUACAGGGGAGGCUUCCAAGAAACCAUGUCGCGUCGUGAAGCCGGCUUGAUUCUUGGCUGCAGCCCAAAGGCCACCAAGACGCGUGUCAUGGAAGCGCACAAGAAGGUCAUGAUUGCAAACCAUCCUGAUCGGGGCGGUUCCCCGUACCUUGCUGCAAAGAUUAACGAAGCAAAGGAGUUGUUGGAAAAGCACGCAAGCCACAACUCCUGA